AUGACUCAUCCAUAUAAUACUUACAAUAAUAGUUCCAGGUACCUCAAUGAGAGCAAAGAAUUUUAUUCUCCACUUGCAGAUAUCACACCCCCAUCACCUACAUACCAACCAGAUGUUGACACCAUUGAUCUUCAUGAUACCACAUAUCAAGAUAAUUUCUCCAAUAAUUCUGAAUCCUAUUCAUACACCAGUGAAAACCAUUCAUACAACAACUACUACAACCCGUAUACCCAAAGUACCAAUACUAAAUCGUACAACAACUCCCUUUACCUCAAAGGAACAAGAUACGAUGACACAAACGAUUCCUUGGAGUCACAAUCGGAGUUGAAAAAUGAAAAAAGACUCUUUUCCUGGUUGUUUUCAAAAAAAGUGCCUACCAUUCCAAGUGAAGAAGAAAGAAAAGAAUAUCCUUGGCACAAAACUAACCCAAUCAUGAGAUUGGGUUUUUGGUGGUUAUGGCCAGUAUUAAAAACAGGGUACAAAAGAACAUUACAUCCAGAUGAUUUGUAUAGAUUGACACCAGAAUUAACCGUCCAGGAAAUGCACAAGAUCUUUAAUUCUCAUUUACAGAAAAUUUUAAGAGAAGCAGAAAUGCGUCAUUUGGAAGAUAACCACGACUUAUCCAAUUUUAAAUGGCCGAAAUAUGCUAUUCCUUGGGCUUUAUUUUUAACUUUUAGAAAACAGUACGUUUUGGCUACUAUGUGCUUAAGUAUUGCAUUUGUUAUUAUUUCUUUAUGUCCAUUGGUCACAAGGCAGUUGAUUGAUUUCGUUCAGUACAAAUACUUUGGUGUUUACACAACUUACAACAGAGGUAUAGGGUUCACAUUUUUGGCAGUUAUUUUGAUUUUCAUCAAUGGAUUAUUAUUAAAUCAUUUCUUCCAUAAUGCCAUGAUUGUUGGCGCCCAGUCCAAAGGGGUUUUGACAAAGGUUCUUUUGGAAAAGUCAUUUAAAAUAUCAAACAAAGCUAAGAAUGUUUAUCCUAUUGGUAAAAUCACAUCUUUAAUGGCUACUGAUUUGAGUAGAAUCGACUUGGCAAUCGGAUUCCAACCUUUGAUUUUGUGUUUCCCAAUUCCAGUGAUUAUUUCAGUUACUAUAUUGUUGGUCAACAUUGGCGUCGCAUCAUUAGCUGGGAUUGGAUUAUUUUUUGUCUCCUUGGUUGUUUGUACAUUGUUAACUAAGAUGUUGUUCAAGAACCGUGAGAAGGUUGUAAAAUUCACUGAUCAAAGAGUUUCACUUAUCAGAGAAGCAUUGAACUAUAUGAAGAUCAUCAAGUUUUAUGCAUGGGAAAUGGCUUACAAGUUGUCAAUUACAAAUGUUAGAGAUCAAGAAAUGAAAUACUUGUUUAGCAUUAAGGCUAUGAGAAACUUUAUUACUGCUUAUGCUGUCACUUUACCAGUUUUAAGUUCAAUGCUUUCAUUCGUCACCAUGUGGGCAACCGAUGCCAUGAAAUCACCAGGGGAAGUGUUUUCUUCUCUUUCCUUGUAUGCUAUUUUGGCUCAAAGUAUCAUGUUGUUACCAUUGGCUUUAUCUAGUGGUGCUGAUGCAAUGAUCGGGUUUAGAAGGUUGAACAUAUUUUUAAACUUACAAGAAGAUUGCAGUGAACAAGUGUUUCAGCAAUUGCUUGAUGACGAAGAUAAAUUCUAUGUUGGUCAUAAUGAGAAAACACAACCUAAUGCUGUUGAAGUGCACAAGGCUCGUUUUGUUUAUGAAUAUGAUUCUGAUUCUAAAGCCAAAGUUCAUGUGUCCAGUAAAGAGGUUGUUGAUUCUGAAAGUGACUCUGAUUGUUCUACUAUCACAGAUGUCUUUGAUGGGUUGCAUAAUGUCAAUUUCAGUGUUACUAGAGGUGAAUUGGUCAUUAUAACUGGGAAAAUUGGUUCUGGUAAGUCAUCCUUGUUAAAUGCCAUUGCUGGUCAAAUGAAAUGUACUUCUGGUUAUGUUAAAGUCAAUGGAUCUUUGUUAUCUUGUGGUCAACCAUGGAUUCAAAAUGCCACUGUCAAAGAAAAUAUUAUUUUUGGUAAGCCAUUUGAUGCUGAACGUUAUGCUAAAAUUAUCUAUGCUUGUGCUUUGAUUGAUGAUAUGAAGUUGUUACCAGCAGGUGAUAGAACAGAAAUUGGUGAACGUGGUGUCACUUUAAGUGGUGGUCAAAAGGCAAGAAUCAGCUUGGCUCGUGCUGUGUAUGCUGACAAGGAUAUUAUUCUUUUAGAUGAUGUUCUUUCUGCUGUUGAUGCUAAAGUUGGUAAGCACAUAGUUGAAGAGUGUCUUAUGAAGUUGUUGUCUGAUAAAACCAUUAUUCUUGCUACCCAUCAAUUGAACCUAGUCAAUAAAGCUAAUAAAGUUGUCUAUCUUAAUGGUGAUGGUACUGUUGAUGUUGGUACUCCUUCAAAUUUGAAGAUGUCUAAUGAAGGUUUCAGAAGAUUACUUCAAUACAAUACUGAUCUGGAUAAUGCUGACAACAAGAACAGAGAGCAAAAUGGUAUUGAAGGACAAAUCAAUCAAGAUCAACAACAACAACAACAACACGAGCAACUGCAUUACGAUAAUACAGUUCACUCUUCAACAUCUGACCUUGUGGGCAGAACAACCACCGACGAAGAAAGAUCCACCAACGCUAUUUCGUGGGAUGUUUACAAGAAAUACUUUGAAUUGGGUACUGGAAAAUUGGGCAAUUAUGCUCUUCCUGUUUUGUUUGGUGUUAUUAUCGUUGCUACUUAUUGUCAAAUUUUCACCAAUGUUUGGUUAUCAUUCUGGGUUGAAAGAAAAUUCAAGAACAUGUCUGAUAAUAUCUAUGUUUCCAUCUAUGUUAUGUUUUCAAUUUUAACUGUUAUUUUCACUGGUUUGGAAUUUAUGACAUUGGAAUAUCUUCAAAACAAUGCUGCUCAUAUCUUGAAUGUCAAAGCUGUUGCCAAGAUAAUGCAUGCUCCAAUGAGUUUUAUGGAUACUACUCCAUUGGGUAGAAUAUUGAAUAGAUUCACGAAGGAUACUGAUUCUUUGGACAAUGAAAUUGGUGAACAGAUGAGAUUAUUUAUUUUCCCAUUGGCCUUAUUGAUUGGAAUUGUUAUUUUAUGCAUUUGCUACUUGCCUUGGUUUGCCAUUGCUGUUCCGUUCUUGGCAUUUGCAUUUAUAUUUUUGGCUAACUUCUAUCAAGGCUCAUCUAGAGAAAUCAAAAGAUUAGAAGCAACGCAAAGAUCCCUUGUCUACAACAAUUUCAAUGAAACUUUAACAGGUAUGAGUACAAUUAAAGCCUUCAAUGCUGAGAAGGAUUUCAUCAAAAAGAAUGAUCACUAUUUGAACAAGAUGAAUGAAGCUUAUUACUUGUCUAUUGCCACUCAAAGAUGGUUGUGUGUUCACUUGGAUCUUGUUACCUGUCUGGUUGCCUUGAUUGUUUGCCUCUUGUGUAUUACUGGUCAAUUUGGAAUAAGUGCUUCUAGUACUGGGUUGUUGAUCAAUUAUGUACUUCAGUUGAUUGGUAUUUUAUCUUUGACUAUCAGAUCAAUGACUCAAGUUGAAAAUGAAAUGAAUUCUGUUGAAAGACUUCAUGAAUAUGCCUUUGAAUUGCCUCAAGAAAAGGAAUAUUUCAAACCUGAGGUUAAAGUCCCUGAAGAAUGGCCCCAAUCUGGUUAUAUUCAAUUCAAGGAUGUGCACAUGAGAUACAGACCAAAUUUGCCAUUGGUUUUGAAAGGAUUAAGUGUUAACUUUUAUCCUGGAGAGAAAGUUGGUAUUGUUGGUAGAACCGGUGCUGGUAAAUCAUCCAUCAUGUCUGCAUUGUAUCGAUUAACUGAAUUGGAAAAGGGAAGAAUUGAAAUCGAUGGUGUUUGA